GUUGGGUCUUAUUUGCCGGUCGCUCGACUCGUUGCUGUCGCCCAGGUGCCCAACCGAGGAUCCCUUGCAACCCUGUCUGUCACCUGCCAUCUGUUGCAGCUUGCAAAACACUUUCAUCCUCUGGAAGGCUUCAGUUGCUUCCCGGACUGACAUCAGUGCGAUAUCUUUUCCAUCAUCGGGUAUCAUCAUUCCGGAUCUGAGUCUAUUCUCAUACUUUUCGCCUCUAUCAUGCCCAAGCUCGAAUAUAAAUGGUUUAUCUCUGGGGAGGGAAUCUCUCGUGAAGUCAUCCAGGCCGACAUCUGCCGUUAUCUUGGAAACGACGCACUCGUCAAGCCCGGUUACGGCACAGGUGAAAAUGAAGUGAGCUUGCGCACUGUCGCUUCGGUCACAUCGCGAAAGCAAAUCGCUGACUCGAUAUCGAAGGGUGUCUACGGAUAUUGGAUCGCUGCAUAUCGGGCCUUGACCACUGAGAUGACCUCAGACCUCAAGACAGAUUCCACGCGAUGGAGUCAAGAACAGGCGCGAUCAAGGGAUCCGCGAGCUGCCUAUGAGGAUUCGCAAGUACACCAGUCCAGGCAAUAUUGGGGACCAACAGCGCCAGGGAGUAGUGCACCAUCUGGAUAUACGCCCACUGGAGGAGCAAGUUCGUCGCACCAGGGUUCCACAGGCCAUAAUUAUUCCGGCGGUUCCACGUACCCUCAGGCUGGACAAGCAGGCAGACAGGGUCAGUACGCUCAGGCAGCAUCUUACUCUCACCAAGCACCGGCCUAUACAACCACGUCAAGUUCCCAGGCAUCGUACCCAGCGCAGGCAGGAUAUCCGGCUUAUCCUCCCCAAGGCGCGUCCCAGCAGGAUCCUUAUGCGGCCACUCAGAACUACCCCGGAUACCCGCCACAGCAGCCUUAUCAACCAGCGGACCCCAGGAAUCCCCAGAAUCCAUAUGGUUAUCCGCCACGUGAAGGAGCCGCGUCUGGAAGCAACCAAGCAGGAGCAUAUCCAUAUCCUCAGCAGGGAGGCUAUCCGCAAUCGCAAAGACCCGGACAAUCUGCUCCGGGAUUUGACCAGUACGGUCGACCUAUCAACCCUAAUCAAUAUGGCCGAUAGAACCUGCCGCGCCGUUACGUUAACGACUUGACGAUACCUCUGUUAUCUGUGAGUAAAGUACAUCAUAGACUGGUGCACUUC